GGAGGAUGUACGCCCCUGUUGGCGAGGGCCCCAGCAACCAACGACCAUCCCUGGUCAAUCCAUGGUGGCUUCAUCCGCCAGUGUACGAAUCGGGGAACGAUGUGCAUCGGAGGAGGACAUCGCUGAUCUUGUGACGAUCAAGUCCGCUAGUAGGAGCAUACUGUUAAGUCGGCCCAAUACGUAGGGCCACCGGCGGGAGGAACGAGCCCGCGAAAGAAAGAGAAAAAGAGGGGAAGUCGAGAACGAGCCGGACAUAACCCGUAGAACAGUCCAAUUCAGAUCGUGCUUCGCGCUGGGCGUUUUCGGCGCGCACGCAUCAUUCGCGCUCCAGUACGACUUGGGGAAGGAUAGUAUCGUCCUCUCGGGAUGAUUGACAUUGAUUUCGCGUCCGCGCUGUGGCCAUCACGUUGAUUGUCGUAGUCGUAGCAAGUGGUUACGGUUGUUGCACUUCCCCGCGCAUCUUCCUGCUUACCGUUCUUGUGAAUGAGUCACAGUGAUUCGCGCGCGCGUCGACGAUUGCUCUUCCCGAGAGACGAUACGCAAGCAUGAUCGUCGCGGCGAGAACGCAUCCCUGGACGCGUUGCACCGAAGAUUCGUGAGGCUGUAGUUACGCUGGACGAGCAAUUGGGCACGAGCGCGAUCAAGAAGGUAAAUAUCCAUUGGAAGGUGGCUGCGAGAGGAGUGGUGAGGAUCACGGAGUUGAGCCUAAGGGUGGCAUCAUGGACUCUCAUCAGCAGCAGUUCUGCCUCAAGUGGAACAGUUUCGGCAGCAAUCUAGCAACGACGUUCUCGAAUUUAUUCAAAAGCGAGAGUCUCACCGAUGUCACCCUGUUCUGCGAGGGAGUUACGUUCAAGGCGCACAGGUUAAUCCUCGCAGCAUGCAGCAAGCACUUUCAGGAGCUCUUCGAAGGAAUGCCGCCUUCUCCCGCGGGAUUGAUCGUUAUUCUCGAUGGGACGAGUGCCCACAAUAUGGCGUCCCUCCUCGAAUUCAUGUACCGUGGAGAGGUACAUGUGUCCCAGGAAUCCCUCAGCUCCUUCCUCAAGGCAGCUGAAUGCCUUCAAGUAAAGGGUUUGUCGAUCAUCGAGCACGAGAAGCUGGCGGUGGCGCAGAGGCACGCCGCGGAGAGUACCAACACCUCUGCGGACGCAGAGAGUAGCGGCCGAGGCGGGGGCGGCGAAGGCGGCGGAAGUGGCGAAGGCGGCGGUAGCGUCGGGGGUAGCGUCGGCAGCGGUAGCGUCGGUGGUACCAUCGGCAACGGGGGCGGCGGUGGCGGCGUCGGUGAUAUGAGCGAUAUAAGCGAGGCGGGCGAAGCCACCAUGGUCAGGAAUAUCAUGAAGAGGACUUACACACCGGUGCCGUCGCCCGCCCCGGAGUACCCCGUGCCUAGCGGGGCUUACUCCACGUCUCACUAUUUCGAGAGUCCGCCGAAGAGGCUGAUGAGGUCGCCGAGCGACAUCGAUAGCGAGCGAAGAGCGAGCGUGUUGCGUGACGGCGCUGCUUUUCGGCCAGCGUCCGCCCCGCAACCACACUUGCUGGAGAACCACCUCUACCAACCGUUCACCUAUCCCUCCGAAACUUCUUUGCAUCCCCACACCGCGCCACAUACGCCCACGGAACUGGAACAGCAGCUGGAACGGGCGCGGUCCGAGGAACGCAGCAACUGUGAUCUCAAGGAAAGCGUUGCCGAAGAUCUUCGAAUAAAACAGGAGCCAGUGGAGUUGGCCGAUCGGGAGAGAACGGAGAAGUUGGCGGAAAGAUUGUCGAAGCGGGAUGACGAGAUUUUUCCCGCACGAAGGUUUGACGCGGGUUCGUAUAGGCCGAACUCGGAUCAUCUGCCGCACGGGGCACAGCUGGGCCCGACGAUGGUGCCGAUGCCGGCGGCUCAUCCGCCGACUCCCGAUCAGAGCCCCGCCGCGCCCACCACGCCCGCUAUGUGGAACAUGAAGAUCCACAAGGCCAGCACUGUCUCUACUGUCGGCGGCGGUACGAAAUUGAAGUGUCCCUUAUGCGAGAGACUAUACGGCUACGAGACGAACCUGCGCGCUCACGUACGGCAACGUCACCAGGGCAUCAGGGUGCCAUGUCCGUACUGCUCGCGAACGUUCACCAGGAACAACACCGUCAGACGGCACAUCGCGCGGGAGCACAAAGCCGAGCUCAGGCAGAAGGCCAACCAGGCCAGCUAUUCGGUCUCGGACAUUGUGCCCCAGUAACAAUGUCUUCGGCGUCGCUGUCAUCCUCGCCACCGUGGUCGCCGUCGCGGUUCGCGCGCGGUGGUGGUACCGGCGACAACGAUCCCGGUGACCACCUCGCCGGAGCCGACCGCGAGACCGGAUCGCGGUUAGAGCGUACGAGACGAGAGGAGAGCCUGCAGUUAGGUAUACCUUCGUUUUCCCUUCGUCGUCGUCAGCGAACGCCGUCCCGGUUCCUCGUCGCGAGGGCAAAUCUCUCUCCGCGUGCGCGCCUGGAAUCGGUCGAAGAAAUCGUAACGAGGGGCACGACCAUGAAGAUUCGUAUACAGGACAAGAGACACGGGAAGAGACCUGGAAGAGGCAUGGAACAACGAUGCGCACGGCGCCUCGGACACGCUCGCGAGAAAACGCUGCGAAUCACAAAGCUAGUCAAUGAAAGUGCAACGGUCAAGUAAGGAUUAUUAACUAGGAGCUUUUUAAACGAGAGGCGCGAGAGAUAUAGCGGGUGAAGGUAACGAGCUGAGCGGCGAAAUGGCGCAUAGACACGUAUAUACACGCAGAGCCGUUAUAGCGCAGGCGACUGCGACGAGAGAACCAAUGCAAACUCAGGUAAACUUUAAUUCGUGGCACAAAUCAGCGCCAGGAGAGAAAGCGCUACCUUUUUAUAGUCCAACAUUACCAUAGAUAUCGGAUUUACUCGCCGUCGCAUUUUAAUCGUUAACGCCGUUAACCGGUUUACCUGUUUCUGGUACUACUUAUCGCUGUUGAGAAGUCGAGCCUAUAGAAUCGCGACGCUCCGACGGGCGAUACCUAUCCGAAACGUUAACGUUACGCGCGCACCAGUGCCAAAGACACGACGUUUUUUCUACUCUCGUGUAAUCACACACGUCAAUUUUCAGUUCCGCCUUUUCGUACACCACCGCGUACAACACGCACUUCGACUGCUAUACAUAUAAUAAUCGCGGUGAAACCCACAUAUCCGAAAUCGCGCCGAGACGACACCCGAGACGAAGAGUACACAUCUUUUAUACCGUUACGAUUUUAUAUAUAACGUUUACGAGAUUAAUACUGCGAUUCUAGGGCGGACGACUGUCGUGCGAUUAUAGCCGCGGAAGUGCCGCGCAGCCGCUCGCGCAAAUAUAUUUCUUGGCGAAUGCGCGCACAAUGUUAUAGAAGUAAGUCGACCGAGCAAUAAUCACGUUCAUAUACCAUUACACUACGUCGACACUAAUUUUUCUGUAAAAAAAAAAAAUAAUUAAAAAGAAAAUAGAAAACAAACGCAUUCGCCACGGAAGUUUGUCGCGGCCGGCUGCGCCGCGCCUCGCGGCGAAACGAUCACUACCACUUUGUUACCUGUUUACAAUGUUUAAAAUGCGGACUUUUGUCCGGAGCAAUAGUCGCGUACCGUGAAUAUAAUAGAGUAUAAUAGCCAUCGAUCACACAUGUGUGGUUUUAAACAGUGCGCGCGAUUACGCGCGAAAUAGUUGCUAUCCCGGUUGUAUGAGAUGUGAUCAAUGCAAUAGAUUUAUAUUACACAUUACCUAUAUGUAUAGAUAUAUAGAGAUAUACUCCUAGUCAGGAUGGCACCCACGAUAUUACUUGUUACAGUAUUUACACUUUAUACAGAUUAAUCUGCCUUAUGUUUUUUUUCCGUUUUUACUUGUUCUCCCUUUCGUUUAUUUUUUUUUCUUUUGCAGAAAGUUUUUAAACGUUUAUAUUCUCACAACGAUACCCGCCUACCGUAAGUUAUCAGAGACAAUAGAGACGAUAUAGAGAAAUAUUUAGUAUUUAAAGCGCGUCGUGCGCGAGCUGGGGGAUAUAAUAGUGCACGAGAUAUAGAAGCCGAAAAGAGUUCAUUUCCGUUUCUUCCUUUUAUUUUCACUUUUUUAUUUGUCUUUACUUUUCUCUUCUUUUUCUUUUCCUGUCUUUAAUAACGUUCAACAUGCCAAAUAUACGUGAGCACUCGUCGCGCACGCGCGCGCAUAACUCUGCCAAAAGUAUGACAGUACUACCUCAUCGUUUUGCAAUGCAUUACACACACAGGGAACACAAUAGCGAUAUUUUAUACAGUAUAAUAAAACCUGUACAUUCCGUACAGCCGCUACUAUUACUACUGCUACUACUACUACUACUACUAUUACUACUACUACUUUGUCCAGUUAAUGUCAGAGCAGUUCUCCUGCCAUUGCCACCCUCUUGCAGGGUAACGCAAGAUCGUGGAUCUCGGAGUUCGUCGACCGUUAGAUUAAUUUCAAACAUGCAUCGUAAAUCAGAAUGAAUCGAUCCACGCUAGUCAAGCACACGUAUGUUCUAUCUAAUCUUGUUUCUCCGCCACAAUCAUUCUCGUCCCGCGUGAAAGAGCUCCGGGAUCCUCGAUCCGCGCGCGUGAUGUCUAUCUGUACGUAAAAUAGGCCCGUUUUCUUUCCGUUUUUCUUUCGGUCGCGAGGGCGCAUUAUUAUAUGAAAUAGCAACAUGUAUGUACAACUGUGAAGCCGUAGUGAGUGAGCGCGAGAGCGAGCGAGUGCGUACGCAUAUGUGCAUGAACAGCCCGUGAAUGCGCGCGCGAAAGUGAUUCGCGGGUAGGAGGAAGAGCCGCAAUUAUGCGCCGUGGUGCAUUGUCGAAAUUGCGGCGCGAAAUCGUCCGACGUGUCACGGACGUUGCUGGAUGGUCGCGCGAUGGACUGGUUGCACCGUUUUCGUCCCGGGGAUGAAACGAGAGACGUGGCGAUAAGACAGACGAGUUCUCGAUCGCCGAAAGAGAUCGGCGAGAUCAGCGCCGAUGCGCUGGCGGACGCGAAAGAAGAAACGGUGAUGGUGGAAAGCGAAAAUUAUCCGAGCGUAGGUGACAUCGAUUGUCCCGAGGGAGCGCAAAGGGAAGUUAACCGGGGAUAGGAUUGAUGAUGCUGGACGACGGAGAUUACAUAUAGUCAUAGGGAAGUUAAUUCCCGGGGGAGAAGCCGCGGGAAAAGGAUAUUCAAAGAUGUUAUGUGUCGUUUACGUAUGUGAUGAUAGGAACAUACACACACGCGCACACACGUACAUACACGUACACAGAGGGAUGGAGAGAGAGAGUUAUGGGGAGAGACAUACGUACACACGUGGACAGCACACAGGCUCGUGUAAAUAGAUACGGUCGCGUAUGCCAAGUUAUAUAAUGAAUCUUUUACUUAAUAUAUAUACAAAAUAUAUAUAUUGUUUUCGGCUGUUCUGCUAAGCAGAGGCAAAGGCGGGAGGGGGGAGAAGGAUACCUUUAAGUGGUACAAUGAAUUAGCGUUAAGUUUAAGUAGAGGGAUCGAGUUAUCGGCAACGGAGCGGCGAAAUUUGAAAGUUAGGGUAAUAACGGUCAAGCGCGGAAUUUCCGGGGGGGGGGGGAGUCGGUUAAACCCAGGGUUUAAUUGUUUUGUCAUACGUAAGGAUUAGGAGUGCAUACGUAGUAAAGGUAUUUCACACCGACACCUCACACGAAAACACACACGUACACAUAUAGCGGAUCGGAAGGACGAGAGAGACAAUGUCGGUCGGAGGGAAUUGUAGGAAGAAAAGAAAGAGGAUGACACACACACACGUACCGAAAAGAUAAACGACGUAGAAUUAAAGCGAAAAUUUAGAAUUAAUUAGUCGUAUAUUAUCGCGACAUCGGUUUACGCGCGUAAACGUUAUUCGGAACGGCCGAAAAUCGGCAAUUUGACUCAAAUCGAUUUUAAAUCGUUGUUAAUUUCGUCGUAUCGCUUUGCUCAAAAGUUAAUCGCACGAUUCUUGAAACGCGCUUUUGAACGAAAUUACGAUAUUUUUGUUGUUUACUUCUUACUCUCGAUUCUCCCCGAUCUCGUUGACCUCGGGCCGUUCCGGGGCUCGAGGGUGAGGUUCCAGAUUCGAUGUUACAGUCGAUUUUCGUCAAGGUACGCGCGAGAGACGAAUCCGCGAUCGGAAGUCGAAAGUGCGAAACGAAUACGCGCGCUUCCGUCUUCGGUUUCCGUCGUACAUCCGGUGUAAGAAUUAUAUUUGGUCUAUAUGUAUAUAUAUGUACACGCAGAAAUACACACACACACACACAUAUACAUGGAGACAGACACGUACACACGUACACGACACUCGCGCGACGCGCGUACGCGUAUGUAUGUACCAUUUAUUGUAUCACGGCGGUAGGAUAAAAUGUUGCAUGUUGUUUCUAUAAUAUGUGUUUUACGGAUUGAGAAUCCUUUAUAGAUGUCGUGUGUGACACAAGGCUUGACACGAGAGGCGAGGGAGAUUCACACCGUGGCGCGCUCGCGCGCGCACGCUUUCGAGGGGCAAAUGCGAAUGCGAUCGUGCGAGGUAGCUCAUCCGAAUAUAAUCAGAGUGAACGGGAAAUUCGUGUAAUUUGGAUUGUCCGCGUUAAAUUAGCUAAUCGCUUCUAAAUUGACCACGAAAGUUUCACAAAAAGGGACAAAAAGGAAAAAGUCUCGCACGUUUUCGAUCUGGUUCUUUCGGCAAACGAUUCGAACGUUGUUUAGAUUGUAUUGAUUUAUGAAAAUUGUCGUUAAAUUAACAAUAAUAAUUGUACUACAAUGAUUCGGCUGCAAUAUUCGAAGCUGCACGUUCGAGCACGUUCGAAACGGACGAUCGUCACGGUGUGAACGGGCUUUCCGUAACGGGGAACCUUCGUUAUCAUUCGCGUCGCGCGGGCAGCGAGCUUCAGGACAAGAUAGAGAAAAAAAAAGGAAAUCACGCGGCUGCCCGCGGGAAGGGAGUGAGGGAGCAAAAUUGAUGUCAUCACUGCACCUACACCGCGCGCAGAGAAUGCACUGGCAACUACUGUACCGUUUGCUCGUAUAGUAUAUAAUAGUACUAUACCGUAGUUGAUAAUGAUUACAUAGUACAUGUAUCACGCACGCAUAAGCAUAUUUAAAAUCGACGGAGCAAAGAAAGAAGAGAAAAAAAAAGAAAAAAAAGCAAAAAGAUGAUAUGGCAGAGGGAGGGGAACAAAAAGAAGACGAAGAAGUAAUAGGACACACGGCGUAGCGAUGUCGCAGAGCGGGACCUCGAACGUCCGGGGAACGAGCGGCUCGUUUCCCGGCCGCAACUUAUAGUACAAAGUAAACGUAAUGUUUAAGGGUUAAACAAACAGGACAGGCAGGAUGUGUGGAUUUUGUAAACUUACUAUACACGCUGUAGAAAAAAAAAAAA